AUGUGGGUUGAGUGUAUACUCCCAGUCUGUGAAGGUGUUUUGCCAAGCAAUCGUGUCCGGGCAUCUUUGAUGUGUUGGAAGAAAGUGUUUGGCUCGUUGAUCCGUGGCCUAAAACCUGCUUGUUCAAAGGAUAUUGUUGGUCUCAAGGAACCAGGUCAGCCUCCUGUUAACCAUUCCUUCCAUAAGUUAAGCCAGGUCAGCCUCCUGUUAACCAUUCUUUCCAUUAGUUUAGCCAUCACUGAGGGAGAUAGGGCUAUAGUUGUCAAAGUUGCUAGGGUCCUUGCCAUUUUCCUAUAG